AUGUCUGCAAGUUUGUUUUUGGAGACUUUGAGAAGAGCCGAUCUCGAAACGUACUAUCCAAAUUUUUCCACAGCCGGUAUAAACGAUUUGAGGGGUCUGGCUUCGCUUUCUUUUCAAGAUUAUUCGAUCCUCGGUGUGACAGCUACAGAAGAUCGAAAACGUCUCUUUCAACUGAUUCAGACGAUCAAAAGUGAAUAUCCGCAACUAAAUGAAACUCCUAAUGUGUAUGGAAUCGCACCGAGACCUGAUUUUACGUUUCCCCCACGAAAUCAGGGAACUCCAGCAUCGCUAAAUCUUCAAGAACAAAAUAUCCAAGAUCCACCUUUGGGGCCAAGACGGGUUUUGCAAGGACAAGGUCGAGGUCGUUCCACCAUGCACGCCUUGGCGACAUCUAACCGUUCUCGAAUACCAUCUCCACAUAUAACUAAUCACAGACAACUAAUUCAGAGACCCGCUGUAAUGCAGCAACUACAAAAUGAAGCCUUCGAUGAUGGAGAGGAAGAAGAAAUAAUGGUCAAUUCUUCUCCUGGCAGAAGGCUUAAUGCUUACGGCGUCCCAUCCAGACAUCAAUCAAGAAAUAAUUCAUACUCUGGCCCAAAGAGUAAUGCCCCGAGCAACUUGAAUGAUAAGAUUAGAGUUUGUGUACGUAAACGUCCUCUAAAUCAGAAAGAACUCGCAGGUAGUCAAAAAGAUAUCGCAACUGUGGCUGGAUCUAGAACAAUCCAUAUUAAUGAACCAAAGCAAAAGGUGGAUUUAACUAAAUAUGUGGAGCAACAUUCGUUCAUAUUUGAUGAUGUGUUUGAUUCAGAUGCUAAUAAUGAACAAGUAUAUCAAAGGACAGCAUUACCGUUGGUCGAGUACAUUUUCCGUGGAGGAAAAGCCACAUGUUUUGCAUAUGGCCAAACAGGGAGUGGAAAGACAUACACAAUGCUUGACGGAACUCAUGGUCUCUACGUCUUAGCUGCCCGUGAUAUAUUCGCGUUAUUGCAGCAACCAGAUUGGAGUCAUCUCUCUGCUUAUAUAGGCUUUUAUGAAAUCUACCAAGGCCAUUUAUAUGACCUUCUUAACAAACGAAAAAAGUUGUUUGCAAGAGAAGACGGCAAAAAAAAUGUUGUGAUUGCAGGUUUGCAGGAGUAUGCAAUUGAUAACGUGGAAAGUUUGAUGCAAGUCUUUGAUUAUGGCAACACAAUACGAAGCACAGGUAGCACUGGCGCAAAUGAAGAUUCUUCGCGUUCACAUGCUAUAUUACAAGUGGUCUUGAAACAUAAGAAAAACAAAAAGAAGUUUCACGGGAAGCUAAAUUUCAUAGAUUUGGCUGGUAGUGAACGUGGAGCGGAUAGAGGUGAUGCAGACCAAAAAACAAGAAUGGAAGGAGCCGAAAUCAAUAAAAGUUUGUUAGCUUUGAAAGAAUGUAUUAGAGCUUUAGAUCAAGACAAAAGACAUGCGCCAUUUCGUCAAAGUAAAUUAACUCAGGUGUUGAAAGAUUCUUUUGUUGGUAAUUCAAGGACCUGUAUGAUUGCAACCAUUUCUCCAAAUCAAUCAAAUAGUGAGCAUACUCUUAACACGUUGAGAUAUGCUGACAGGGUUAAGGAACUUAAGGCUGAGCGAGAUCGUGCUGAAGGAGCUGCCGCGGGCUCUGAAGCAACACAAGAUCCAUCUGGAUUAAAUGAAGAACUUCGAAUAGAUUACAAUAAUGAUUUAGGAGAUAUAGUGGACGAUGAACUUCUUGAUAUCGAAUUUGAAAAUGAACAAGAUGGAUUGGAACCAUAUUUCACAAAAUUAGAUAUUCGCGAUCCAGAAAAUGAUUAUUUUCCCUCUUCCCAUAGUAGAACCACGUCACAUGCUGAACCCAGGUCAACAGAAUCAGCUCAAUCCCGUGAAAAGAAAUCAUCUCUGAAAUUUACUACAAAGGAGAUGGACGAUUUCGUAAAAAAACACCGUCAUUCACUUCGUGACCUAAGCGACUCUGCCAAAAAAGAAACAAAACUUUUAGCUGAUUUUUCUCUUGUCUUCAAUGGCAAUAAUGACAUGGGUGGUGCCCCCGAAGAUUCUGUGAAAGCUUUUGAGGAUUAUUAUGAGAAAUUACAAGACCUUUUAGGGAAAAAAUUCGAAGUUAUUCAAGAAUUACUUCGUACUAUCAAUCAAUUUUCCCAACGAUGA